AGGUUUUAAGGAGAUACAGGGAGGGGCUCUUCGCUGGUAACCACGCAACGCAUCUUUCUUCUGACAGAAAAGGCGUUCGCGUUCCGGAUACUUUUGAGCCGAGCCUCCUGCCGUCGGGCGUCACGUGUCGGCGGUGGGGGCGAAGCUGUCUGGCGCCGGAGCAGGAAGGGAGGCGGCCGCCCUGCCAUUCUUAAAGGGACCUGGAGAAGGCGACGGGGUGCGGACGGCCGGAAGGAAAAUGAGUGAGUCUUUGGUGGUCUGUGAUGUUGCUGAAGAUUUAGUGGAAAAGCUGAGAAAGUUUCGUUUUCGCAAAGAAACAAACAAUGCCGCCAUUAUAAUGAAGAUUGACAAGGAUAAACGCCUGGUGGUACUGGAUGAAGAACUUGAGGGCAUCUCGCCGGAUGAGCUUAAAGACGAACUGCCCGAACGACAACCUCGCUUCAUUGUGUAUAGUUAUAAAUAUCAGCAUGAUGAUGGAAGAGUCUCAUAUCCUCUGUGCUUCAUUUUCUCCAGUCCUGUUGGAUGUAAGCCUGAACAACAGAUGAUGUAUGCUGGGAGUAAGAAUAAGCUAGUCCAAACAGCUGAACUCACCAAGGUGUUUGAAAUAAGAAAUACUGAAGACCUAACUGAAGAGUGGUUACGUGAGAAGCUGGGAUUUUUCCACUGAUGUGAACUUAUAUGUUCUAAGUAUUUAUGUAUUAACCUGACCAUACUGGAACCAGACAUAAAUACUUAUUUAUGCCUAAAAAUGCACUGUUACUUACAGUAUGUUUCCUGCAGUAAAGAAAAUUUCUUUAUUUGUGCAAAAUUUGAAAAAGAGGGAAUCAUCUUCAUAGUAAUGAAACUUUGUAAAAUGUUUCCUUGUAUAUGUAAUUGUUAGGUGGACUCCUUUCCUCCAGGGACUUUUUGCACUCUUGUGGUUAAUUUCUAUAACCUAUGGUUUAGAAUUUGUUGCAAUUUACAGAUACCAUUGCAAAGUGGGUAUUAGAUUGUGAUAGACAACAGUUGCCUCCUUUUGAUAAAUACUGGAAAUUAGCAGUUGAUAGAUAAAUGAAAAUAGCAUAGUAUCACUUUUCAAAUUAUUUCAGUUAAUUUGGAGUAAAAGACUUGAAUGACCCAAAUUUUGAGCCACGAAUAAUAAUUUACUGUAGCAUAAUCUGUGUUACAAGGACAUUUUUUCUCAAUUCCAUACCUCCUUUGGUUUUCCGCUCUUUUUACUUAAAUCCAGGAACUGUGUUUAUCAGUCAUUCUUAAGAUUUGGUAAUUAGAUUUUGUGAUAGAAUUAGGUUUUCUUGUGCAAAUUAGAUCUUAGUCUUACUUAGCAACUGGUGGGGUGUGCUAAUCAAGGGCUUCAUUCCUGAUUAUGUUAUCUCUAGAUAGCUUCGAGUCUAGGUUCAUAACACUUUACUUAACAAAGCAUCUCUUAAUGUCCUGUGAACACUAAUGAUUUUAAGUGUGUUAAUAUUGUGCCUUUGAUUUGUUAGCUUUGAAGUUAGUGUAAGAAUUUUUCACUGCCAGUAUUCCAAAUUUGCUGAAAUUAAUACUUUUUUAAAGGGUCCAAGUGAAACUAAUUUUCUAAUGUGUAUAUCUAAAAUUUGUAAUAAAACUAACUUCAUAUUUUUAAAAGUCCAACUAUUUGCUUGCAUUAGUGAAUAAUGGCAGUUGAGAAUUUUGAUUUGGGGGUAUAUUUGUGAUUAGCUUUGUGCCAUAAGAAAAAAUACUUGUCUUAAAAUGUUGGCCGUAGUGAAUAAUGUUAUUAAUACAUCAACAUCUUAUAUCCUAAAUGUCAGAAGAUACUCUAAACUGGAUGCAUGAGUAGUUAGCCAGCCUAGUUUUGUUAGAUGACAGCUUCCUUGGUAUACACAAGGAUUAUAAUGUAUAGCACACUUUACAAAGCAACAUGUAUGUAAUUGUUCAAUGCUGACUUGAUACAAGGUCCAGAGCUCUAUAGACCAACAAUUUUUGGUAAGUGAAUUUUUAUAUUAAGAAUAUCUUAGUCAUUUCAGAACUAGCCAAGGCAUUCUUAUGUUGGUGUAUUUCCCAUUCAUAAGUUCUUUGCAUUUCACGUUCUAGGUUUUCGUGUCAACUUUAGUGAAGUGGUAACGAUGGUGGGAAUGCUGGCAGAACAGAACAGAGCAUCUUCUCUUUCCCACAGUUUGGCUUCCCUAAUCUGGGAGUCAGGAAGCAGUCGAAGUCAGUUGGAGAUGAGGAAGUGCUAGAGUAGGCAUUUGUGUGGCAAAUGAAUAGGAAGGAUUCUGCAUUCCAAUUCUGAGAGAGGAAACUAACACAGGAAGUUGAAGAAUUCUUUAAACAGGUAUUUUGAUGUUGGAAAAUUGCUAGUUUAUCGUUCUACAUAAAUGCAAAUGUAAUCCAAGUGAGUAGUGAAUGUUUUUAAUCUUUUUGAAUGAAGGAAAUCAGUUUCUGUUUCACUUGAUUCGCAUUAGUAAGAGACACUUGUGCUGCAAAAAUGUGUUUUAAAUAUGAGGUUCCUUAAUUGGUCUUAUCUGUUUUGUUUUUAAUGUUUUUUCCAAUUUGGAAUUCCUCCAUGAUGUCAGGGGGCACCAACUGCCAUGCACAGAACUCUUACUUUUUCCUGUUGUGCAAUAGGAGCAGAGAGCUGUGAUAAAUAAUCUUUUUUAAAGCUUGUCUGACUUCUCAUCAAUAACAUGUAUAUUGCAAGACAGCAGUUAGAGGUUAGGAGAUAAGUAUUCCUUCUGUCCUGUAGGGAGAAUUAGAAAUCCUGUGCUCUAACACAUUCUCAAACAUUUGUAGAAUCUUUCCUUGUAUCCUAAGUAUAUUUUACAUUGCCCUUUUCAAGUUUAUUUCCAAUUUGCUAUCUUUUUCCGCAUUCCCUCAGAGAGUAAGUAACUCCAGCUAGAUUUCAUAAUUCCAGUUUUUACAUUCCCUAUUUUUCUGGUAUGACCAUUACCACUCAGCCUUAAAUCUUAAUCUUCCCUUCUGUGCAGGACCCUUUUCCCUGGGAACCUCCUCCAUGAUCCUUAAAGUCAGCGUUAAUGUUGAGAUUGUUGGCUUGCAUAAGUUCUGCAUAGCAUCUAAUGUCAAAAUAGAAUCAACAAGUAAUCCCAGUCUGCAUUUUAGCAUGUUUUUUUGUGGCAACAUAAAUGACAUGUGAAGAAAACUGUUCUCAGGUCACUAUGCUGAAAUUCCAAAAUGUCUGAGUUUUGAAUAAUAAUUACUUUGUUCCGGUUUUGAAGCAAUUAUGUUAGGAAAGAAGUUGGUUGACUGUUUUGUUUACUUGAUUUCUAAAAUAAUAGAUGUUUGAAUUGUCUCUUUCUAAAGAGGUCACUAAAUGCCUAGUGCAAUUAAACAUACUCUUGUUUAAGAGGGUGUUCCUAAAUUUUUUUUUAUUGUCAUCAUUAAAUAAUCUGUGUGGUAAAAAAGUCUGUCAGCACUUUUCCUUCUCUUUUAAUCUCCUAUUUUCAGGAGUCAAACGUAGCCAUAAACUGUACUUUGGUCUGACACUUUGAAAGUUCCCAGGAAGGGGAGUUUAUUGCCAAAUUAAACUUGGCUGUUUUUGCCCCACACUAUAGAUAUUAAGGAAGGUGUACUUUUAAGAAUGUCUGGACUACUUUUAAAACCCAAGUAAUGUCAAUCUAUAUGUGGAUUAGUGAUGAAUAAUAUUUUCAUAAGCAUUUCAAUGCUGGUAUUUGUUGGGAGUAGAGGGUAGCUUGUGUUCUGUCAGUUCAAGUAUUCCUAGUACGGUAGCUUUCCCUUUGUGUUCACUAGACAUAAUACUGGAAUCUAUAAGAUUUGAGCCUUUACAGUUUAUAUGAAGAAGUGUUUCAAACAUUUCAGGACAAAUCUAAUUUUGUAUUUAUGCAAGAAUGUAAAUAAUCUUCUAUGCCACUUAAAACUGAUGGUUCCAAGUUGAAUAUUCUUGAGAAAUUUGUUUCUUAUAUCAUUUGACAUUUCAAAUUAGUGGUCAUAUUCCUGUGAUGUUUCAAUCAACUCCAUUAAGCUUUUGGUACAAACCAUGUUUUCCUACUUUUUGGAAUAUGAUUGGUACACAUAUGCUUAUUGAGUAUGGAGGUCACUGACAUGGGAGGCCAGUUCCCAUCUAUUUACAUGGUCCAAUAUAAUCUCAUCCAGGAGGCUUGAAACAUAAAUGGUUUAGUCUUGUGAAUUUCAACAGUUUUCUGUCAGUGUUUAACAAAACCAACAACUGGCACAACUUCUUAAGCUGUGGUUUCAGUCUCUGCUAGUUCAUAUUGCAUGUUUAUUUUGGACAGUCUUCUGUUAAGCAUGGUGCUCGUUAUUGGUUUAAAUAAAAUGUUGACAUGAAAGGA